UAGAGUUAUGUUUGGGGUUGUGUUUACUUAUGUUCUUGUUUUGUUGCUCGCGUGCCACUGGAGACUUGAAUGUGUUAUCGCUGGGAGUGUGUUUUGCCGUUCGUGCUUCGUAUGUGGUUCGAGAAAAGUGAUACGCUUCGGAACGUGUUUGUUGCUAUAUUAAUCUUCAGCUCACAGGAGGAAGACUGGACUAGAAGAAAUAAAAAAGACAAAAGAAGUUAAAAAAAGAGACGAAGAAGAGACAGAGGUGAGACAACUUCAACAUCACCACUCAAAAAAACAAAAAGAAAAAAGUAGAAAUUAUAACCACAGACUUCCUGGCAAGUGUGUGAGGUUCAGUUGACGAAGAAAACGGGAAGAGGAGCGAGUCUGUGAUUGGCCCUUGACAGCAUGACGUCGGGAAGCAGCAUGAUGGAUGUCACCACGCUGGGCCCCACCGAUCAGUCGUCCUCGAUCUCCUUCGCGCAGCACUAUGUCAACAUCCCCGACACAGAAUCAUGGAGCGUCGUGGCCGGCUACGUCCUGCUGGGGUUGGUGGCCACGGUGGUGCUGGUGCUGGUCGUCCUGGUGCUGGCCCGGUCCUCCCCCGCCGCCUCGUUCUUCCCAAGGGGCGACGUGGAGAGCGGGCGGGUGUGGUGGGGCGGCGGCCAAGGGUUAGACAGCCAGGCCGCCGUCAUGAUCUCCCACUCCUUGCCGGACCUCUCCCGCUCGGUGUCCCAGGAGCUGCUUCUGCCCCACGACAACAAGAAGGUGCCGCGCCAGACAACCCUGCCCACCGUGCCGCAGCGCCACGCCUCCUUCCAGCGCCAGCUCUCGCAGCGCCUACACCUCGACCCCGUGCAGUUCUCCGUGUGUCACCUGGAGCGGAAGAACGACCUUGGCCACCUCAAGCCGGAGCUCUAUCGAAGUGAGUUAGUGAGGCAGUCGUCCGUGGAGAGCAGCGGCGCAGGGUCGGAUACGGAGACGGUGGGACGACUCUCCUUCACGCUCAAGUACGACCAGGACAUCGAAGGCCUCGUGGUGAAGGUGCUGUCAGCGAGCGAUCUCCCGGUGAAGGACGUAAGCGGCUCGUCUGACCCCUACGUGAAGGUGUACCUGCUGCCGGACCGGAAGAAGAAAUAUUGCACGAAGGUCCACCGGCGGAACCUGAACCCCGAGUUUAACGAGACCUUCGUGUUCAGCGUGGGGUGGACGGAGCUGAGGGAUUGCACACUCCAGUUCAGCGUGUACGACUUUGAUCGCUUUAGCCGCAACGAUUUGAUUGGCCAGGUGGUACUGAAGGGCGUAGCCGAUCUCUGCCACCCCGACAUCGAGACUGACUACCUGAUGGACAUUCUGAACACCCGCCAAGACCAGCGUGAGCUAGGCGAGGUGAUGCUGAGCCUGUGUUACCUGCCCACCGCCGGCCGCCUCACCUUGACAGUGAUUAAGAUGAGGAACCUGCGUGCCAUGGACAUCACAGGAUCAUCAGACCCGUACGUGAAGGUGUGUCUGCUAUGCCAGGGGCGGCGUAUCAAGAAGAAGAAGACCACGGUGAAGAAGUCGACACUCAACCCCGUGUACAACGAGGCGCUGGUCUUCGACAUCCCCAACGAGAACAUCGAGGACGUGACGUUGUUGGUGAAGGUGGUGGACUACGACAGGCUGGGGGCCAACGAGCUGCUGGGCGUGGUGGUCAUCGGCCCGCAGGUGAUCGGGCCGGGCCGUGACCACUGGCUGGAGAUGCUGGAGUGCCCGCGACGCCCCGUGACCCAGUGGUACCCCCUGACCGAGAGUGUCCCGCUGAACCUGAUCACCUCACCAACACGUGCCCUGCCCCCCUCACUCUCCUGCUUCAGUUCCACGUGAAGUGGAGGCUGCGGGAUUCCUUCGGCUCAAGCCUGACGAGACUGUCCACCCGUGACGCCAGGGGGACCAGAUAGCUCCUGAUGACGUUCUCUGUUAUAGUGCCGGGACGCACGGCACGCACAGCUGCUUGUAGCGAGCUUUCUAGGAGCUCUGAAGUUUUCAUAAACGCUCUGAAGCUCUCACAACUACGAAGCUCUCAUAACCCCGAUCAAGCUCCCACAACCCCUAUCAAGCCCUCGUAAUAGUGUGUGUUCUCUCAUCCCCCAAGCCCACAGCUCAUUGUCACUCUACCGAUAGUCUUCACUUGCUCAUAUUUCCCCAUUGUACAGUACUCCCAACCACUUUCAUAGACUCACAUCCACCCCCACCUCUCACAACGCCUCCCAAAUCCCCAUACUGUACUGUGGCCCAAUACGCUUCAUCCUAUUUCAGACCGUGUCAUUCUCUCGCAGAGUAAGUACCAGGUUUUCUUACGUCAGUUGAAAUAUGUUUUCAUGGCUGUGAAGGCUGAAGGAAAUGCCUGAAUUAAAGAGAGAGAGAGAGAGAGAGAGAGAGAGAGAGAGAGAGAGAGAGAGAGAGAGAGAGAGAGAGUAUAUUACUACUGUGUUGUUAACCUAUGUAUAUAUGUAUCCAUAAAUCAUAAACUAUCAUGCUGCUGACCGGCUCUCCACCACUACAGACAGUCUCCCUUUCAAUCUUGUAUGGCCUUAAUCUUUCUCUUCGUAAUCGUUGGGAGCCGCCUUUUUUACGUGGUAGUUUUAGGUGCUUUGUUUCUGUGUGUUCUUGGAGCCACUCGUGAACUUUUAUACGGUAGCCUACCUAGUAUUGGUGUUGUAUUAUCAGCUAACCAAAAGAGAGAAACAAAACAAACUUACGAACUGCGUUAAGAACUUAGGGAGAAUCAUGACUAUUUUGCUAUGCUCCCUCAAGUUCUGAAGCAAAAAAAUAUAUCGAUAAAAGUUAUAUGCUAUACUUGGCGCAGCAGCCAUGUCAGUGUUUUGGAAAACACUGCGGCCUACAUUAGCCAGAUGUAUUUAAUGUGCUGCGCCUUCAAUAGUUAGACUUAUUUAAUGUGUUGUGUCGUGAGUUACAAAUGUUGUAGCUAGCGAGAGAGAUGGGUAUCCCGUUAUAAGUUCACCAAAAGAGGGAAUCACGUGAGUCCGCGCCUGAAGCACGAAUAUUAAACGAGUGACGUAACUGAUCCAUCAAAGUGAGCAGGACGAGGGGAAAGAUCUUACGGUUGGGCAGAGACGUUUGCAGUUUUCAUUCUUUGGUGCUGGUGUGUCGACGUUCUGUCAUUUAAAAGUACAAGGUAACCACUGUCUUACUGAACGGCGUCAACAGGUAAGAAUAAUCUGGUAAUUCAGUCCUUUUCAGGCUCCGAGUAUGAGAAUCAGCCCUCACCCGGACAAGUGAGACUCGUUACUGUAUUUUGUUUUAGUGGAUAACUCACACGUUUGACUUACCAAUACCUGCUGGCCUCUCAGUCCUUUUGUCCUGUCAGGAAUUUGCUCAUCUCGCUCAACGCUAUGCACUUUAAAAAAUUACAAGUGAUACCAGUGGGGUAAUGGACGGCCCUAGUGGUAUUUAGAGUGGGCGUGUGAUGAUAGAAUAACUGUUUGCGGUAAUGAUCAUUCAGGUGGGAGAAUAACGACACCAGGUGAAGCAGACACCGGGUUGCCUGUUCAGCUGCUCACUGACACGCGUUGUAACGAGCAUGAACUUGAGACAGCUGAGUAUGAGGCAGUGGUCAGACACUCACACGAUCGGCGCGGAAACAGCUAUAGGGUGACAUGUGAGAUGGUGUGAAGAAAUGUAAUGAUGGCUUUAUAAUAUUAAGUGCUCCUAAGUACUUGAAUGUCUGAUCACUGGCUCACAUUCACCCAAGGAGUCGAGAUUCGUUCACCAGCAUGUAUUUCAAAGCAAGGUUCGAGCUUUAAGACCAGCAGCUUCGUUUAGUUAAAUUCCGUUUUAGUUUUCGACGGAAGGAAUAAUAUUUCGCAACUUUGAAAAUAGAAAUCGAAUAAGCAAACAUCAGCAGAACCCCUGAAACACGUCUUAGAAACAAAUGCAGAGGGUAAAAAAUUGAUAAACAUAAUAUUCCGCAUCCCCGAAUCGACUCGCCUAGCGCUCGUCACUUCCUCUCCAGCAGGUGUUCUCUCAGCCCCUCGCUUCUUCAGGUCAGUAGGUUACUAUUAUUUUGGUGGCGAUAGGUUGCAUGGGAUUAUGUUGUUUAUGCCAACGAGGCUUGCCCGGCACACCAGGUAGAGGACGGGAACAGCCAUGACGCUCUGCCAAGGUAUUCAUUCGUACAAGGCCUUGCUUCCACUGACGUCACGUGCACAUUCCUCGUGUUACUACAUUAACUGAGCCCGUAUUCUCAGACGCUUCCAGCUCUCAGUAUUUAUUUCAAAAGGCUACAACGGAGAUUAGUCGGAUUUUCAUCAGUUUAUCGUUCAUAAAAACAUAAGAACGUAGGAGUCUGCAAGAGGCCGGUAGGCAUGUACGAGGCAGCUCCUGUGAACCUAAGAUCCUGUGAAUCUAACCGCACCUAAUACCACUGUCCAUGAAUUUAUCUAAUCUAUUUUUUAAUGUGACAUUUGUAUUGGCACUCACCACAUGACUGCUCAGCCUGUUCCACUCAUCUACCACUCUGUUAGUAAACCAAUUUUUGCCUAUGUCCUUGUUCAAUCUGAAUUUAUCGUUUAAACCCAUUACUACGUGUCCUACCCGGUUCUGUUACCAACAGAACCUUAUGAAUAUCCCCCUUUUUAAAGCCCUUCAUCCAUUUAUAAACCUCUAUCAAGUCACCUUGCACCCUUCGCCUUUCUAGAGAAUGCAAGUUUAAUUGUUUUUGUUCAUGGUGCAGAAGCCUUGACAUACUAUCACUAGGCUCAUGGAACUACCCACAACCUCCACGAAAGCCGACUCUAAAGUGUGGGCGUGUAAGCCCCGAGAUGUCUGAGAAUAUGGGCCCUGCUGGUCACCGCGUCGACACAUAUCUCACAGACAUUGUAGCUUUUCCUUACACGAACAACCUCGCAAAAGUGAAGAGAGAUUGGCUUCGCUGUCCCCGUCAUCUCGCAGGAGCCUUGAUGUGGGUCACGGGGAAAUUGUUUUAGUAAAAUAGUAAUCUUCCCACUUGAGAUGAUCUAUAAAGUGGGAUGAGAAUUAUAAUCACUCGUAAAUUUAGCUUAACAGCGAUUUAUAAAGAAUGUACAAUACCCCAGACAUUCAGAAACACCAACAGCCAACAGAAUUCAGGGCAUCACAUAACAUCAACAAAUUUAGAGGAUAUUUUCUUGAUUACAUGCUACACUAAGUAAUGUGAAGGAUAACUGUGGUCUCAUGAUACCCUCUUAAUGAAACGAACAAUUAUGUAUGGUAAAUAUUCUAGUUAUUAAGCAACAGAUCCAAGUUACACAGAUUUUUCUGCUGGCAGAAAUAAAUGUAUUUUCGGUAGUGAGUAAAAUCCGUAGAGUGUAACAAAUAGUAGAAAUGCAUAGUAAUGUCAGAUGUUAGAAGAUGCUAUUUUUGUCUGAAAGAGAACAUGACUGCCUUCCACAACACUCAGCGUUUGUCUUAUAAUAGUGAGUGAAAUGUGCACAGUGUUGCAGCUUUAGGAUAAUAUAGAGCAUAGCAUCUGUCGUGUAUAACUGAGGGGGUAAAACACAGUCAGCUGGUGUUCCCAUCCUCAUGUAUUGUUGUGCCUACAAAUAACUGUUCUGUCGUGCUGACUAGGCAGUGUUGUCACAUAACCAGAUGGGAUGGACUUGUACCCUUAUUAACAUGUCUCAUUAUGUAUCGUGGCAGAAGCUUAAUGUUUGGUGUUACAAUCUAACCUCUCCACAAGGCAUUCACCAUCUUCCUCUUACUCAUUGAUUCAUGCCCAUCACAUAUCUUUAGUGUUAGGACAUCACUUCCCAUUAUACCAGUCAGCCUCGAUAUACCUAUUUACAAGUCUGUAGUUAUUAGGGAAGUCAUGAGUGCCCUUGACAUGAACAACUGCAUAAGGCAACAGAAUAGCACAUCAUCCAUCUUCUUUUCUGAUAUACUUCAGUAGCUUCAAAAUACUAUGUCCUUGCCACCUCUCCAUUCACAACCAGUCAUCAUUCACAACAUGACUGGUGCUCAUUUGAGAUUAAAGCAAGAAGGGUUUGCCUAUCAAGUAAAUUUGAACUCUUUUUUUUCCUUUUGUCAGUUUAAGUGUAAAGACUAUUUAUUUAUUUAUUUAUUUAUUUAUUUAUUUUACAGCAAAGGAGGCAGCUCAAAGGCACACACACAAAAAAAAUAAUGAAAAAAAAGUCUGCUACUUGCUGCUCCUAAAAAGAUUACAGAGUGGCCAAAAGAGAGGUCAAUUCCGGGAGGAGAGGUGUCCUGAUACCCUCCUCUUGAAAGAGUUCAAGUCAUAGGCAGGAGGAAAUACAGAUGAAGGAAGAUUGUUCCAGAGUUCACCAGUGUUAGGGAUGAAAGAAUGAAGAUGCUGGUUAACUCUUGCAUAAGGGGUUUGGACAGUAUAGGGAUGAGCAUGAGUAGCAAGUCAUGUGCAGCGGGGCCGCAGGAAGAGGGGAGGCAUGCAGUUAGCAAGUUCAGAAGAGCAGUCAGCAUGAAAAUAUCAAAAGAGAGGCAACAUGGCUGCAGAAUUUAAGAGGUAGAAGACUUUCAGUAAGAGGAGGAGAGCUGUGUGAGUGGAGCUCCCUCACACAUGAGAUGCAUACUCCAUACGAGGGCGGACAAGGCCCCUGUAAAUGCAUAGCAACUGUGCGGGGGAGAAGAACUGGCGGAGACAGUACAGAACGCCCAGCCUCGAGGAAGCUGAUUUAGUAAGAGAAGAGAUAGGAAGUUUCCAGUUGAGAUUUUGAGUUAAGGAUAGACCGAGGAUGUUUAGUGUUGAAGGUGAUAGCUGAGUGUUGUCAAAGAAUAGGGGAUAGUUGUUUGGAAGAUUGUGUCGAGUGAAUAGAUGGAGAAACUGUGUUUUUGAGGCGUUGAAGGACACCAUGUUCUUGCCCCAGUCAGAAAUAAUAGUAAGGUCUGAGGCUAAGCAUUUUGUUGCAUGAAUGGUCUUUACUAUAAGUUAAUGUAAGCAAUUACUUUAUCAGUGUAGUACAUACCUCACCAGUGUUGCAUUCUCUUCUUGCUCCUAUAUCUCACAUGUCAUAAUCUUAUGUUAUGUUAUUUUUUUUUUAUGGAAGAUUAUGUUGGAAUUGUUGAAACUGAUGUGUUCAUUGUAAUGCAUUUAGAUAUUUAUACUAUUUAUGCAACAUUAUUUGUACCUCUUCCUUUGAUGAUUAUAGAUAGCAGUACAGCGUUGAAUUAAAAAGACAAAGUAUACCAGUAUUAAGUGCCACUGUUAGGAAAGUUAUGUUAGUGGUGUUGAUGAAAUUUGCAUAAGUAACCAUGCUGUUUAAUGUUAUAAUUGAUGGUUCUAUGGGAGAAAUGAGAGCCAGAGUAGAGGAGUUAGGUCCAAGGCUGACAAUGUGAGGUAUGGAGCAGUCUUUGGUGGCAGGCCUGUUCACAGAUGAUAGUGCUUAAGUACCUUACUGCAGUGAAAAAAAAAAAAAAAAAACAUCACCGUACUCUGCCUUAGAAUCAUCAAGAAACGGCUUGCACAAUACUAACAGAACCCCAAUUUUACCUCUUAAUGGAUAGUAACCUGUCGCUGUAAAAUAGUGACGGCAAGACCAUUUCCACGUACUGCUCGGUAAAUAGCCACUCCAAUACUGUAAGCUAUGUAUUUUACAAGGUGUAUGCUAACAUUCUAUGGCAUAAAGAAAGUGAGACAUGGCUAAAUAUUUGGUAUAUUACAUCAGAUACUGAGUCAAAGAUUGUGCUUCCCUCCCCAGGAAUAAUGCAGAAAACCUUAUUUUUAGUAGUGUUCCUAGGAGAGAUUUACUGCUGUGUGGAUUCCUGAUGCUAUCGAUGCACUCAACAUAAGUAAUGUUACAAGUCAAGGAUUCAGCAGAAUUUGGUAUAUGUAGUUAAAUACAGACAGCUUUUGUACUCUUCAACUUUGGGACCACUGUACUACACAUGCAUUACUUUUUUUUUUUCACUUACAUCUAUUUAAAAGCUCAAAUGUAUUUUUAAAGUAUGCACUUCCUGGUCUUUGUUAAAAACUGAGAUUUAUCUUACCUGGAAGUAGCAUGGCAUAUUGGGGCUGACUAUUAUAAUAGCACAAGCCUUCCACUCUGAAACAAUGGUUAUUUUUGUACUUGUUCAUUUUCUGUAAUUGUGGUGGAUUUUUCCUAUAUAUAUCUGUGUCAUGUGACAAUCAUGUGGUGAAACUUUGCCUUUCAUUCUCCUCAGCUUAUCUGGAUGGUCUAUGCUUUCAGAAUAAAAGAUUUAUGAAUAUC